GGACGAGGGAGAGCGUUGAGGGAGGGAGAGCAUUGAGGGUUGUUGAAUGAACUGGCUUUAACCAGCAUUGCUCCUUCCGCUUUCGUCGUUUCGCUGCAGGAUGACGAAGAGCCGUAGUGAGGCCGUGAAGAAGCACUUCACGAAAGUGGGGGACAGCGGCAGAGCCGAUAAGGGUAACAAACAACGGAUCUGCAAUUAUUGCGACAAGCCUGUGGCCGGGACAGCGAGCAAGCCAAGGGACCAUUUCUUGAAGGGUUCGCGAUGCGAUGUCGAGCGCCUGCGAGGUGUUGUGCCGAGAGAAGAGUACUCGAGGAGGGUGAAGGGGAGAUUGGCUGCGAGGUCGGAGUUGGGAGCCGUUACGGAAGAGACUGCCGAGGGGGGGUCAUCGGAGGACGACAACGAGCAGCGGACUGUAGAAGGCGGAGUGGUCGAUCAAUCGGAGUCUGCGGCGGGGCUCCGUCAUGCGACUCCCCAGUCGUCCACAGGUGUGGUUGGCCUCCGUCAAACAACAAUGGAGGACAAUGCUGUCGUUAUCACGGCGCACGAGCAAACACAGCGCACAGUGGACGACUGGAUGACGGCAGAAUGCAUCCCAUUGCAUAUGAUGCAGGGCGAGUACUGGGACAGAAUGGUGCAUGCACUCAUGAAUGCGCCCAAAGGAUUCCGGUAUGCGAAAUUCGAGAGUGCAAGGACAAAGAGGGUUGAAGUGACGAGGGGGAGGGUCGUGAUGAGGGUGGAGGAGCUGCGGCAGGAGUGGCCAACCAUUGGCUGCAUGUUGCAGCUUGAUGGUUGGACAGAUCGCCGACAAAGACCACACAUCAAUGUGAUGGUCUCCUUCCCGAAGGGCUCUAUCUUCUGGCGAAGUGUGUGCAUGUCACGGCGCAACAAAGGCGCCUCGGCAUACUAUGCCAUUCUGAAGAGGGCAAUAGAGGAGAUAGGUGCAGAGGCAGUGGUGGGGGUCGUUAUGGACAAUGCUGCCAUUUGUGCAGCUGCGGGGCGAAUGGUGGAAGCGGAUCACCCGCACAUCUUCUCGGUCCCAUGCACAGCUCACUCGCUCGACCUCAUUUUCGAGUCUUUCGCGAAGAUCACGUGGGUGGGCGAAGUUAUUAAAAGGGCAUCGGAGGUAGCAAAGUUCUUCACGAACCUUUCGCGGGUGCGGGAUCUCCUCCUCCACUACUCCAAUGGCAGCGUCGUGGCAAAACCGGGUGCAACCCGGUUUGCCACGAACUUCAUCAUGCUGUCAAGCCUGCAGGGGUUGUACUUGCCGCUGCGAGCGUGUUUGAUGGACGAUGAUUGGAAGUCAGCGAUUGUGCACACUUCGCAACACGAACUGUUUGUGAGGGUGACACAUGCCAUCUUCGACGACACCUUUUGGGCAGAUAUCGAGAAGGUGAUGCAAACGUCCAAGAACCUCCUCAAUCUUCUGAAGAAGGUCGACGGUGCGGGCCCCACCAUCAGUAAGGUGUACGCCCGUAUGGACAGCGCUGUGGAGAAACUGAGGGAGAGCAAGCACUUCACGGAAGCAGAAAAGGAUGAGCUAGAGGGUAUAAUAAUGCGGCGCUGGAAUACAAUGACUUCACCACUGCAUUGUGCUGCGUUGUUUUUGGAUCCGGAGUACAGAGCGUCGCGGCCGGAAUCCGAUGCAGAGAUUGUGGACGGGUUUUGGACAUGGCUUUACUCGUGGUGCAAGGAGGCUGCGUACAGGGAGGUCGACGUGGAGGUCUGUUCUUGGAUCGAGAGCACCGGGAGGCACACUACCGAAAAUGCAAGGACACAAGCCCGUACGAUGCAGCCGGCGAGGUGGUGGCGGAAGUGGUGCAGCGACAUGCCCAUCCUCCAAAAGCAAGUCGUUCAGCUCCUUGGACAAGGCUCCUCCUCCUCUAGUUGCGAGAGGAAUUGGAGCUUGUUCGAACGGAUUCACAGUCGUCUCCGCAACAAUCUUGGCGCCGUCAAGCUAAGCACGCUGGUUUUCAACAGAUGGAACCAGCACUUGUUGGACUUAUUGACCAAGAAACCGAAGGCUGACGAUGCGGCGAAGUGGGAAGAGGAUGAGCCGAUGGAAGAUCUCACACGAGAUGACAUGGCGUCGGAUGCACACCUGCGGUUGGGGGAGUGGCGUGCCCGCUUGCGCGGAACACAUUCGGUCCACGACGAAGUUCAGCAUCGUCAGCUGCGCAGCGAGUUGUUCGAGCUCGAGAGGGAGCUCAACGAGUCGUGGAGGAAGGCAACGAAAGCUUCCAAGUUUUUGGCCCGGAAACAUUUGCAUGACUUGGAUCAGGCUACCAGGACGAUGACCCUCGAGCAUGCCAACAAGUACAAAGUUGCGCGGGCUGCUGCAUGUGCACCACCCUCCGUACCCGCCAAACGAGGGAGAGGGAGACCUCGAAAGGACGCUGCGACUCAUGGGGGGACAGGUGACGAGGAAAUUGAGGAUGCGGAAGGUGGAGAUUUGGAAGGUGUUGGUGCACCCACACGUGCAACAAGAAAGCGGGGACGACCACGGAAGGCGCCUGUGGAAGAGGAGGAGGCUGGAAAUAGAAGGGAGACACGGAAGCGGGGACGUUUGCAGGUGCAGCCUGCCGAAGAGGAGGAGGAAGCAGCGUUUGAAAAGACGAGCAGCGCUGACAAACAUGGCAGCAGCGACGGAAGCAGCAGUAGCGACGAAAGCGGGGCUGAGCAUAAUGAAAAUGAUGGGAGCGGCGGCAGCGGAGGUGCGCGUGAUGGCGGCGGCAGCAGCGAUGAAAGUGGAGGUGGUCGUGGCAGCAAUGAUGGCAGCGAGAAAGAUGGGAGGUCGUCGGAGGAAGAGGAUGACUCCGAAUGCGAAGGCCAGUAGGGAGAUGGGAGUUCGUCGGAGGCAGAGGACGACUCCGACUUACAGCGCAGUCAGACAUCGC